GCUGUUGGGUGUGACUGACAAAUUGGGCAUCUCAUGGACUGAUGACACCGUUGCUACUGGUUAUGGCGCCUACAUCGGCCUGCCUAUCCUACGCGCGGCACAUGAGAAGAAUCCCAACAUGACUAAGGAGGAGGCUGUGACGUGCAUUGAGAAUGUCAUGCGUGUGCUAUACUACCGCGAUGCCCGUUCACUCAACAAGAUUGAAGUGUGUGACAUCAGUGCCGAUGGCGCGACGGUCAGUGAGCCGUACUCGCUGGAUACCAAUUGGGAGAUAUCAUCAAUGGUCAAAGGCUUCCUCUGA